AUGAAUGUUCCAUCACGUUCCCCUCUGCAUCCAUUUGCUCCUCCGUUCAUCUGUACUGUCUACCACAACCCUCCUUAUACCGUCGAGACCCCUUUCUAUGGCAUUCGUGCGAGAAGGCGAUUCAGCGAAUCGCCGCCAUCGUCCACGUCCACGUCUCACCUGUCGCCCAACGCAACUCGAUCUCAAAGCCCUAACCCGCUCGACGAUGAGCAACAGCAGCGCGAUGAGCAGAAUGACCAGCUGGGACGCGAUCAUCUGGCAUCAUUACCUCGAAACCAAUCUGAUGCACAAUCGAACGAAGAAAGACGGCAGAUUUUCGAAGCGGAUCGUAAUGGGACGUGUCGCGAACCAGCCGGUACAGACUUCUACGAACUCGGCGAAGAGAAUAUCAAGAAGCGCUGGGUCGAGCAGGGCAUCUGGAAUCCCAAAUGGAAUCGCCCAGAGUCGUGGAACGGUAGGCCUGAAGGACGGUGGAAGCAUGAAGAGCCACCGGAGCUUGAAUCUGAAUACGAAACCGAUUCGCAAGCGGAAGAGCCGCCAUUUCGUUUUCCUGGUCCCCGGGCUCCAAAACCGAAGCGACCAAAGAGCAAUGCCAAUAUGCAACUGAUCGCGGAGCGGCGGACUGUACGAGAACGCGAACGUGAGGCUUCACGUCCGUUCUAUCAAUUAUGA